CACAAUUGAACCAACAACCAUGACAGUGGCAAAAACAACUACAAUGGAGUCAACAGGUUCAACCACAAAUGAACCAAAAACCACAACAAUUGAACAAACAACCACAAUUGAGGCAACUACUUCAACCACAGAUGAACCAACCGCAAUUGAGGCAGCAACAACCACAAUUGAGGCAACUACUUCAACCACAGAUGAACCAACAACAAUCAAAGUGGAAGCAACAACUUCAACCACAAAUGAGCCUACAACACAAACUGAGGCAAUAAUGAGCACAAUUGAAGCAACAACUUCAACCACAAAUGAACCAACAACCACUAUAGAACCAACAACCCCAACUGAGGCAACGUCUUCCACUGCAAAUGCACCAACAAAAAGCACAAUUGAGGCAACAACUUCAACCACAAAUGAACCAACAACAAACAAAGUGGAGGCAACCACUUCAAAUACUAACAAACCACCAACCACAGUAGAGGUAACAAAAUCCACAAUUGAGGCAACAACUUCAACCACAAAUGAACCAGCAACCACAACUGAGGCAACUUCAAGCACAAAUGAACCAACAACAACCAUAAUUGAGGCAACCUCAACCACAAAGGAACCAACAACGGAAAUUGAACCAACAGCUACAACUGGGUCAACAACAUCCACCAUUGAGCCAACUACUUCAACUACAAAAGAACCAACAACAACCACAAUUGAGGCAAGAACAACAACAAGUGUUUCAACAACAACCAAAAUUGAGGCUACUGCUUCAAUCAUAAAGGAACCAACAACAACCACAAAUGAAGCAUCAACAACCACAAUCGAACCAACAACCACACCUGAGGCACCUACAACCACAUUUGAAGCAAUAACUUCAGCCACAGUUGACAUAACUAUGACCGACAUUGUGGCAUCUACUUCUUCAACAAUUGAACCUACAACAGCUACAGCUGAAGCAUCAACUUCAACCACAAAUGAACAAACAACAACCACAACUGAGCCAACAACACACACAAUUGGGGCACCAACUUUAACCACAAAGGAACCAACUACUACUAUGGAACCAACAACAACCAAAAUCGAACCAACAACCACAACAGAGUCAAUGACAACUACCACUGAGAAAACUACUUUAAUUACCACAAUGGAACCAACAACAAUCACAAUUGAGGCAACAACAACAACUAGAGCUAUUCUAGUCCCACAAACAAGAACAACAACUACCUCAGCACCUGCCACAUCAACCAGAAGUUUGUCAGCCCGUACUACAACAAUCAGAACUACCUUAGUACCUACCACAACCACUACAACGCCAGCCCCUACUACAACUUCAGCAGUUCCCAUCACAACUACAACAACAACAAUUCCCAACACGACUACAACUACAACAGUUCCCACCACAACAACCACCACGACUACAACCAGACCACCAACUCGUCCAGCUCCCACAUUUGAGAUUCGGGCUGUCCUUUUAAUAGUGUUUCAGUCAGCUCUCACCGACUCACAGAGUCCAGAGUUCCAGCAACAAGCAGCUGUGGUUGAAAAUGAAUGUGAUAUCAUCUAUCGACGACGCUUUGGAUUUCUGUUUGUGCGGACAAUCGUGAGAGCAUUCAGGCUGGCUACUAGAUACCGUGCGGACACUGUUGAAUCAGAAGUUGAGACAGAUGUUGACAUUGUGUUCAAUGAGACUUCAACUGAGCCCCUCCCUACAAGCUCUGUAGUUGUUGAAGCCCUGGCUAUCGCCGCAAAUGACUCCAGUUCAGGCUUCAAUCUCACUGUGGUUGCAGGAUCCCUCUUUGUGAGAAGUGAACCCAAAUCAGCCGCCAUUGUUCAGUUCCGUACCAAUGAUACAUUUAUUGCUGACCUUUUGAAUUCCUCUUCGGUUGCCUUCAGUAAAAGAUCAUCACUUAUUAAAGAUGAGCUUGAGCCGUUUUUCUUUGAAGACUACCAGCCAAAUUUCAUCAGCCUCACACCAACAAGCUACAGCAAUGGGUCUAUUAUCCAUCAGGCGAACAUGACCAUAACCUCUGAUGCAACGUUCCCUAAUGAUACACAGGUUAUAGCCACCCUGACAAGAGCUGCCUUGAGUGGAAAUUUGUCAUUUACCAUCAUCUUCCUCAAUGGCACAGCGGUGUCAGCUGGUGCAGUCAGCAGCAGUGUUAACCUCCUGAGUGCCUGUGGACUCACCCUCAUAUCGCUCCUUGUGGCUCGACCCUGGUAGACCAAGAGAUCUCUCACUUUUGACUUUGCACAAUACUAUCUUAUUAUUAAGGAGACCUGCACUAUACAAUGAUUGACAGACUGAAUGCUUUUCUUUGCCUUCAAUAUGCUAGCUAAAUGUAAAAUAUUUAACGGUGCCUAAGGGGGAGAUCCUGAAAGGUGUCCCUAGUGACUUUUCUUGCAGUGACCAACCAGUAAGCCUGUGCGCUAAAGCUGUGAUUUGGUAUGAAGGAAGAAUAAGCAGACU